UUGCCAACACAACGUCGGGGUGACGUUGUGCGUCUGGCCACCCCUCCUUCGCGCACUGGACCGGACCAACCAAUAGACUACCAAAUUCACCCUGUUUUUAUUCUCACGACCUGCUGAGAAAAUUCUAGUUUCCAAUCCAUGCUUUGAUUUGAGGCUGCUGCGACUUGGUACUCCCAAUCAAGAUGAACUCAAGUGGCCCAUUCGCCAGCCCCCUGUGGUACCAGUACCAAAUGUGCGCCGUGGCCCCGUACGGCUUUGUCUUCUACUACGGUGUAAAGGUGUUCAACUUGGUCGUGGGCACCCCCUGCAACGGGCUGGUCAUUUGGCAGAUCGCCGCUAAGAAGAGCGACGCGUGCACCUCGGACGUGUUCAUCAUCAGCCUGGCCGUUCUGGAUGCCUACUUCUGCCUCAUGGUGCCCACCGAGCUGCUCAACUCUCUGCUCCUGGACGACGCGCGCAUCUGGUACCUGCAAAGAUUCUCGUACGGCGUUAAGGACCUAGGGGUGCUCUUCUUGGUGUGUGUUUGUGUGGAUCGCCACAUGGCGGUGGUCCACCCCGUGUUAUUCGCCAGCAACCAGAACAACAAGAUUCGCACUGGGAUUUCGGUGGCCACUUGGGCCGUCAUCAUGCCGUACGCCCUGGCUAAAUGCAUCCUGGGCUCAAGGAGCGUCAACGGCGUCUUCAGCUGCGUGGUACUCUUUGCGUUUGCCGUCAUGGUGCUGUGCAACAUCUCCGUCAUCUGGGUGCUGCGGCGCUCCGUCGCCGGCAAGGAGGUCAUGCACCCGGCCAAGAAGAGGGCCCUGAAAAUGGUGCUCACUGUCCUGGCUAUCAUCGUCGUCAACUACCUGCCUCCCGUGCUGAUGCCCUUUGCGUCUUACUAUUCCCUGAUGGAGUUCACCUGCCAGAUCCGAAUUAGCGUGUACUCCAUCAUGGACUUGAGCUGCAGCGUGGAGCCGCUCCUCUAUAUCACCAAGAUGGAGUGCGUGGGAGGUCGGGGGUGUGGCUGCUGCGUUGCGAGGACGCCACACUGCAUCAAUGUCUGAUACCGCCUCCAACGGAAUCUUUGUUUACCCCUCAUAUUUUUUUUAAAACCAUUUUUAUUUUCAAUAAGUCACCAACAAAGUUGUGACAACCUCAUUAUUGUAGAGCUCUACUAUAAGGUCAUCUUGGCAUACAUCUCCUCCAAACUUUCCAAGGACGCUUCGGGUCCGUCUUCCGAGGUGACGUAACCAGGAUACGAGGACACGCACUGCGGAGGCGCCGGCUGCACGCUGUGAUUUCCAUCCCCGGCAGACGGCAGCUGAAGCAGCGGAAUCAACUUUGCGUGUGCAUAAUUAAUCUCAAAGCCCUCGAAGAUGAGACCCACGCCCCAUGCCCCCAAUCCCUUCUCCAGGAGAUGCGACACCUUGCGGGCGGCCAGCACCAGCCCCUCGUAGUCGCUCUCCCUCAGCCGGAAUAUGGCUGAGGGCAGAGGACGGCGUGGCACGAGCACAGUGAAGCCGGGCGCGUUGGGAAACGGGGUGAGGAAAGAAACAUGGGCCUCGUCUUCCCACACUCGCCACUGCGGCUCCUCGCCCCGCACGAUGCGAGAGAAAGGACCAGGAUGGGACUGGUCGUCGCCCAGGAACGUCAGGUUGGGCGGUGCGUCCGGGUUGGGGAGUUUGGCACGGAUCCUGGCCAGUAUCUCAUCCAGACGAGCCUGGCUCCAGCGAGGCGCCGUCUUGGAGGUGCAGUAGCCCGGAUCGUAGGAGUGGUGAUCCUCCUCGCCUGCCUGGUGAGGAUGCCACUGUGCAGCCAGGCCGUGCAACGGGAUGACACGUAUCUAGAAGAUUAAAAAACACAAGUAACACACCGUAAUAACGUUUUUCAUAUGUGGAACCUCUCCUCAGCUAUUCAAUGAAUACCGGACUAAUUGUGCAGUUUCCAAAAGAUCCAAAGCUGCCACUAGAUGCCAUCAAAUCCGAAACAAAUUUGUGUUUAAAUAGCGUUCAUGUUUCUCACCUGUAGUAGUUUAUAAUAAAGACAUUGGUCAAGGAAGUGCA